CCUGGAGAAUGAAAAACGAUAUAAAAAGAUAAAAUAAAAAACUAAGAUGGUUUUACUAACCACGAUUUAGCCAACAUGAAGACAACAAUAAUUUUAACUGUAUUACUAGUGUUCCUAUGUAAAAAUGACGUUUAUGGUGUCCCGAGAAAAUUCGCUCAAUCUGAAAUGAGUUAUUCUGCAGAUGGAAGGUCCAACAAAACCUACUACUUAUCUCCUGACAAAGGGAACUUCUUCUUAGCGUUCUUGAACUGUUUAUCAGCUGGAAUGGAGCUCGCUACCAUAGAAAGCAAAGAAGAAUCAGCCACAGUGAAGACAUUACUAUUAUCAACUAAUAUAACAGAUGGUUGGAAAAAUGGUUACUGGUUAUCUGGAACUGCUCUGGCACACAACGAAACGUCGGAAUACCAUUGGUUCUCCACCGGCCACAAAAUUAUUUAUUUUGAUUGGGCUCCACAUCAACCCGACAACACAAAUGGGAUCGAACGCUGUAUUGAAAUUGGUUUGCGAAAUGAAACCAUUGGAUGGAACGACCAGAAUUGUAUGCUCAGUCUUGGAUAUAUAUGUCAAACCAGAGGUCCAUGUACCUAUUCCGGCCAAUAAUUACCGACUUUCUCCCAAAUUAAAUGAUUAUAACGUCACAAAUUGCUAUUUUUUAUUAAACAUACCUCAGUUAACUUUUUUAUUUGAUAUCCACAACAGAGUUGCCACCUUUUGUAUUUAAAAAAUCGGGACAACGUUAACUUAUUCAACAAGUUAUAACAAAAUUGUUGAAUAAGUGCCUUAGUUGGACACCCGGUACAAUCAGCGAGAGCAAAUA